GCCAUCUGCCAGUCGUCUAUGGAUUUUUAGGUUACAUAAUUUUACUCGGCUGCCUUACUUUUCACCAGGGCGCAGCUGAUUAACAAGAAUCAAGAAUGUUGGGGGCAGUAAGUCGGAUUGGAAACGGAAUAUUAGCCGCUAAAUCAGUAGCAGAAAAAACUCUUACAGAAUGCAGCAAGAUCGCAACUGUAACCUCUAUCAACAAGAGAGAUUACGCUGCUAAAGCGGCAGGAAAAGGACAAGGUAAGGUAGUAGCUGUCAUCGGUGCCGUGGUGGACGUCCAAUUUGAAGAUAACUUGCCGCCUAUUCUAAAUGCCCUGGAAGUUCAAAACCGUUCCCCCAGGCUUGUCCUGGAGGUGGCACAGCAUUUGGGUGAGAACACCGUCCGUACCAUCGCCAUGGACGGUACCGAGGGUCUGGUCCGUGGCCAGCCCGUCUUAGACUCUGGCUCCCCUAUUCGUAUCCCCGUCGGUGCUGAGACUCUUGGCCGCAUCAUCAAUGUCAUCGGUGAGCCAAUCGACGAACGUGGGCCGAUUCCCACGGACAAGACCGCUGCCAUCCACGCAGAGGCCCCCGAAUUCGUUGACAUGUCUGUACAACAAGAGAUUCUGGUCACCGGUAUCAAGGUCGUGGACUUGCUCGCCCCCUACGCCAAGGGAGGUAAGAUUGGACUGUUCGGCGGCGCUGGCGUCGGUAAGACUGUACUUAUCAUGGAGCUGAUCAACAACGUUGCCAAGGCCCAUGGUGGUUACUCUGUAUUUGCUGGAGUAGGAGAGCGCACCCGUGAAGGGAAUGAUUUGUACCAUGAAAUGAUUGAAUCUGGUGUCAUUUCUCUUAAGGACAAGACCUCUAAAGUAGCUCUGGUAUAUGGCCAGAUGAACGAGCCUCCCGGCGCGCGUGCCCGUGUGGCCCUUACUGGACUGACUGUUGCUGAGUACUUCCGUGACCAGGAAGGGCAAGAUGUGCUGCUGUUCAUUGACAACAUUUUCCGUUUUACUCAAGCUGGUUCAGAGGUAUCUGCCCUGCUGGGUCGUAUUCCAUCUGCUGUGGGUUACCAACCGACUCUGGCCACUGACAUGGGUACUAUGCAGGAGAGAAUUACCACUACCAAAAAGGGAUCAAUUACCUCUGUACAAGCCAUCUAUGUACCUGCCGAUGACUUGACUGACCCUGCUCCUGCUACAACAUUCGCUCACUUGGAUGCCACUACUGUGCUGUCCCGAGCCAUUGCUGAGUUGGGCAUCUACCCAGCUGUGGACCCUCUUGACUCCACAUCCCGUAUCAUGGACCCCAAUAUUAUUGGUGCUGAGCACUACAAUGUUGCUCGUGGUGUCCAGAAGAUACUGCAAGAUUACAAAUCACUCCAAGACAUUAUUGCUAUCUUGGGUAUGGAUGAAUUGUCUGAAGAAGACAAGCUGACUGUGGCCCGUGUAAAAAUUCAGAGGUUCCUCUCUCAACCUUUCCAAGUAGCUGAAGUGUUCACUGGACAUGCUGGCAAACUUGUGCCUCUUGAGGAGACCAUCAAAGGAUUCUCUAAGAUUUUGCAGGGCGAGUAUGAUCAUCUUCCAGAAGUUGCAUUCUACAUGGUGGGACCCAUUGAGGAAGUUGUAGCAAAGGCAGAGACCCUUGCGAAGAAUGCUUAAUUUGUAAUGUCAGCAAACAGAUGAUAAUGUAACAAAAGUGUAUUUCUAAUAAAUUAAAUUUAGUGCCACCAAAA